UUCCCUUCUUCUUGUUCCCCUUCCUCUUCCAUUUCCUCUUCCUUUUCCACCCGGGAGCCACUGGAUUUACUCUACAGAAAUUUGGUGAUGGAUGAGGAUGAUGAGGAAUGCCAGGAAUGGAGGCAGGGGAGGGAUGGACGGACGGAGGGAUGGAUGGAUGGAUGGAUGGAUGGAUGGAUGGAUGGAUCCAUGGGUGGAUGGAUGGAUGGAUGGAUGGGUGGGUGGAUGGAGGGAUGGCCUGGUGGAUGGACAAAUGGACACAAACUCAAGCUCAUUUUGACCAAAGCCUUUCCUCAAGAGCCCUACGGAUGCCGAUCUCCCUUUGGUUGCUUCUUCCUUCGCAUUUUGGGAGUUCCUGACCCGCUCAUCGCAACCCCUGCGGCUCCACAUCCCCACCUGGCUCCCUCACAGGUGAACGUCUCCUCCUCCACCCCUAACAAGGCGACAUUUCUUUGUGGGGUCAACUGGGUUGAAAAAUCAUUUUCAAAGCCACCGCUGAGCUCCAUGGCUGGGGCUCCCUUGGCACCGAGAAGGUCCCUGACAUGCGGGCGGCAGCCGGAGCAUCUGUGCCGGAGGGCUCGGGGUGGCGGUGGGGAGGGAGAGAGGAAAUCUGGAACCCAUAAGCUCCAGAGCCGCUGGCGUUCCCCUGCAUUGGUCUGCGCCUGGUCCGCCCCCGCCCCGCUCGCCCUAUCAGCAGGAGCCGUUCCCGAAGUCAUCCCAGCGCCCUCCUCUCCUGGCCCAAAGGAGAAGCCAAGGAGCUCCUUGGAGGGCUCUGCGGGGCUUGGGGCGCCCGGGGAGCCCCGAGGGCGAAUGCUCCGGGCCGCGCCUCGGGAGCCACGGCCGGCUCCUCCGCAGCCCGGGGAGCCGAGGAGAUGAAGGAGGAAAACCUUUCCCCGGGGUCCCCCGAGGGCAGCGCGGCCACCAGCGAGGACGAGGCCGAGCGGCUGCCCAGGAAGAGCGGCCGCAAGCGCGGGCAGGGCCCCGGCGGAGCCCCCUCGCCCCAGGGCAAGCGCAGCCGGCGCAGCCCGGCCCCGCAGCCCCCCGAGGACGCCCACGCCCAGCGCGUCAUCGCCAACGUGCGGGAGCGCCAGCGCACCCAGUCCCUCAACGACGCCUUCGCCGAGCUGCGCAAGAUCAUCCCCACGCUGCCCUCGGACAAGCUCAGCAAGAUCCAGACGCUCAAGUUGGCCGCUCGCUACAUCGACUUCCUGUGCCAGGUGCUGCAGAGCGACGAGCUGGACCACAAGGUCGCCACCAGCUGCAACUUCCUGGCCCACGAGAGGCUCAGCUACGCCUUCUCCGUGUGGAGGAUGGAGGGCGCCUGGUCCAUGUCGGCGUCCCACUGAGCCGGGUCACCUCCCUUCGGGGCCGGCCAGAGGAGGAGCGCGUGGCCCCUUGUCCUCACUUUGGGAUGCCCAAAAUCCGCCAGGACCAGUCGGGGUGCUGACCCCCAUUCCCUCCUGGACCCCUCACCCCCUUCUGGGUUUGGCACUUUGGGGUUGGAUUCUCCAGUUUUGGGGGUGUUGCGGGGGCGCUCCCCAAAGACAGGGAAGCUGCUCGGCACGGCUUCAUCCCGAAUUUUGCCAAGCCUGACUAAAAUCCCUUUGCCCUGGGGAGGUGGGGGAGGCUGAGCCCCCUCCCCAGCACCCCCAGACCCAUUUCUGCUCCCUCUGUGUGCAGAACCCGACGCGGCUCCCAGAGCUGUUCAUUUAAACCGAGUUCUUGGCAGAGCUGAGGGCUGAGCGGAGGGAUGAAAGCCCCUUCAGUCACUUUGGAGAGCUCCCGUGAGCGCAGCGGGAUCAUCAAUCCCCUUCAAAUCCAUCCCGAGCCUGCAUCCUCCAGCUGGGGAGGGAAUCGCCCUCCCCGGGCCAGCCUGCGGCGUUUUGGGGUCCCGGUGAACAAUCCCAGCAGGGCAGGGAGGGAGAGGGAGGGGGAUUCUCCCAGAAAACCCCAAAAGCAGCGAAGAGCCGCGGGAGAAGCGGUGCCGGGCUGGGGAGGCUCCGUCUCCCUCCUGGGGUGGGGAAUGAACGCGGUGGGGUUGGGAUUUCCUAAUGGAAAGCAGCCCCUGGAUGGUGGAACUCAGCUAUUAAAUAUCAAAGAGGGCUGGGAAAGCUGGAUGUGCCCUCGUUAACCAGGAGACAUCAGCCGGGGAAAAAGAGGGAUGGAGCCCUCAGGCAACAGAAAUCACGUUUGAAGUUCCCCCAGCUCAGCUUUUCUCGGCAGAGUCUUGAGCACAUUAAAAUGGUUUCUUUCCCUGCCGGAGGAGAAAAUGAGGCUGGAAGCUGGAAGUGCCGGGGGGAGAGGCUGGGAGCUGAUGUUCCUUGCCCUUCAUUUGUCUCCCUGGAUUUAUCGCCUCUCUCGCGUUGCCCUCACUUAAUUGUCUCUCCUGAAAGACCUUGGAUAAAUCUUCCCUUUGGGGACUGUUGCUCUCGCCUGGAAUCGGCUUUGUCUGGCGGCUGCUUCAUUUGCUUUUAUUUAUAAACACCUCUCGCUGCUCCGGGGCACGGGGGGAGCUCGGGAACAGCUCCCAUCCCUGUUCUCUAUUCCCUAUUCCCGAUUAUUAUUUCCCUGCUCAGGAAAUCCAUCUCGAGCUGCUUUAAAAUCCCCCGGAUCCCUCUGCGGCCCGCCAGGAGAGCAGGGAUCCCUUCCCACCCCAAACCAGUCCCUUAAAAGUGGAUCCAGCCCCUGGUGAAAGUGCUCAGGGUGGUCCAGGACCCCCAGUUUGGGGCUGGGCUCUCAGGAGAGGUGAGGAGCUGCCGAAAUCCCGAGAAAUCUGUUCCUGGGUGGUUUGGUGCUCCUGGGGUUUCCUCCUGGAGCAGAGCAGGUUUGGAGGUCACAGGAUUCCCCAAAAUCUGCCCUUCCCAGAGCCGCUGUUUUCACUGGGGGUGGAAGGGGCAGGAGGAGCCGCCCUGGUGAGGGAUGUGGGACAUUCCCCAAAAUCCCCCGAACUGGCACAGCCACAACCAGAGCUCUUUUUUCCAGAAAAAAAACCUCCACAUUUUCAUUAAAAACAGAAAAAAAAACCACCCAGGGGAGCUGAGCUGCUCUCCACGGCAGAGUCCCCGCACUGCUGAGGAUUAGUUAAAAUUAAUCCAGACAUAAAAUCACGGAUCCAGCCCUGGGGAACGGGGAAAUAUCUCCGGGUUUAUGGCCCCUGCAAGCAGCCGGAGCUGCGGGAAUGCCUCUGGAACGAGCCCGUUUUUCAUCCCGGCUGUCAGGGAAGGCUCCCGGCAGCCGAGGGGAGCGAGGAGCUCCUGGCGUGACAAAGGAUGCUGAGGGAGGGUGAGGAGGGAGCUCCGUGAGCUCCUUCAUCCCAAAUCCUGCAGGGCCGGGCUGCUCCCGAAGCCCUGGAAUCCCCCGUGAGGGUUUUUUGGUGUUAAACCUUGUCCAGCCCUCUGGAGGAUCCCAAAAUCCUGCUGGGAAGGUGUUUUUUUGGGAUCAGACCUCGCUGGGCUCAGGGAGCUGACCCCUUUUUCCAAGGCUGGGUUGAGAUGGUCCCUCUGGAAUUUUGGCUGCCCGUGCCCUCGUGCCCUGGAUGUGCCAUCACCCAUCCCAAGGGCUCCACAUCGGCCUUUGGGGGAUUUUCCCCUCUGCCCCCACCCCCAGCACGACUCCUGGGGGUGAAUUCCUGGAGGAUUUGAUUUAUCCCUCCCCAGGCUCCUCUGCAGAGAGGAGAAGCGCUGGGCGAGCAGGAAACAGCCGGAGACAAAGCGGGAGGGGAUGGAACAAAGCUGGAAUAGAGCUGGAACAAAGCUGGAAUAAAGCUUGGGGUGCCCAGUCCCACAGGGAUCCAUCCCCGGAGCCCAUUCCUGCUCCACCCUCCAGCCUGGCUCCGGUGCCACCAGCCCUGCCCGGCUCCCGAGGGGCUCCCGAGGGGCUCCCGAGAUCCCAUCUGCGGGAAAAGCUGGGAUUGGGGUGGUUUUAAUUCCCAGCACAUCCCUCGCGGCUCCGGGAAAUCCGGGAAUGCCGAGAUCCAGAGGCAGCGAGGGAGGCUCUGCCCCCACUGGCUCCAGGGCAUGGAUUUGUAGGAUUUUGGGAAUCCCAGCCCAGCCUGACCCCACAGGAUGGAUUUGUAGGAUUUUGGGACUCCCAGCCCAGCCUGACCUAACCCCACAGGAUGGAUUUGUAGGAUUUUGGGACUCCCAGCCCAGCCUGACCCCGCUGUCUC